CGCUCUCGGAAGCACGUCGUCUCGUGCUCGCCCGCCUACGACGACGAAGCGCAGCGCGCGGUCCAGGGGCUGAGCUGGCCGACAGGUCGUGGCGUUCCGAUGGCGGUGCCCAUGCAGUACGGCCAGCAGGAUGCGUACGCACAGCAGUCGCCGUACGGGCCCGGCGUCUACUCGCCCGGCGGCACGUACGCGCCACAGGGACCGUACGCGGACCCGGCGUACGCGGCGCCUCCGCCGCAGCCCGCCAUGUACGGACCGCAGCCGUACGCCACUGAUGCCUACGGCCAGCCGGUCAUGCCCGUUCCCUCCAGCGCGGCCUUGUCACCCAUGUCGUACGAUCCCGGCUACGUCAACUACAUGUACGGAAUGCAGGCGGCUCGGAGUCCCAGGCGAUACGUGAUCCAAGCCCCGGCGAGGCGCAGGGGCACGUUCAGCACGGACAGCAUCCUCACCGUGCUCAUCGUGGCCGGCACGCUGUUCCUCGUGCUACUCGCCAUGCUGCUCAUCGUCACCGUCGUCGUCCCCAGGCUUACGAAGAAGCACAAAUCGGGUCACAAGAAGGUACACGAAUUCGCCUUGGAGCACGAGAACGUGGCCGAUGCCGAGCUAUCGCCCUUCGACGCACCCCAGGUGAGUGGAGGAGCCAAGGCCGAGCAGACAGCGUCCAAGCUCAACUCUACCGGUGUCAAGCACGGCUCUAAGCACGGCUCUAAGCACGGACCCAAGGAUCCGGAGAUGGCCAAGCACGUCAAAAACCGCACGAAGGAAUAGCGUCCCUGCGAGGCACACCACCGACCAUUUCCGAGACGGCGCCGCAUGACUCGGAAAGCCCUCGGAUUUCCCGUCGAGAAGAUGGAACGACGCUAAUUCCGGCUAAAGAAAAAAAACAAAAGAAAGAUCGGUCUUUCUCGCCACUCGAACGAAAUACAACGUUCACCAAAAUCUACAUAA